AUGUCCUACUCACGAACGGCAGUCCGUUUCUUUACUGCACCUAAGCCUCUUGGGAAUGCCAUGGAUUCCGAUGCAGCCAAGCGCACCGCGGCUGAGUCCCAGGGCCACACUGUCGUGAGGCCAAAUGUGGCGCCCGAGCAGCCUUCGUCAGAGGCUGUGAAGGUCCAUACACCCAAGGAAAAGGGCCUGACCUUUGCCAAUCAAGAUUCACUUCCCAAACUCCCCAUUCCUGAUCUUGAGGACACAUGCCGAAGGCAUCUGGACGCUCUAUCCCCCUUGCAGACUAUUCGGGAACAUCAAGAGACCAAGGCAGCGGUCAAGGACUUCUUAAAGACCGAUGGACCUAUCCUUCAAGAGAAAUUGAAGACAUAUGCUUCCUCUAAGACAAGUUAUAUCGAGCAAUUUUCUGUCGUUCUCAAUCUUAACCCAUUCUUCCUGUUGGAAGAUGACCCAACACCUGCUCGAAACCACCAGGUCACCCGCGCGGCCUCGUUGGUAGUGUCAGCCUUAUCUUUCGUUCGUGCUGUUCGUAGGGAGGAACUUCCCCCGGAUACUGUUCGUGGCACUCCUCUGUGCAUGUACCAGUACUCUCGCAUGUUUGGAACCGCCCGUCUUCCGACCGACAAUGGCUGUGUCAUCAGUCAAGACCCUACAGCCAGGCACAUGGUGGUGAUGUGUCGUGGCCAGUUCUAUUGGUUUGAUGUUUUGGAUGAAAACAGCGACUUGAUCAUGACCGAGAAGGAUAUCUCGCUCAACUUGCACGUCAUCAUUGAAGAUGCGGCGCAGACUCCUAUCCAAGAAGCCGCCAAGGGAGCAUUGGGUGUCCUCAGUACGGAGAACCGCAAGGUAUGGUCAGGCCUGCGCGAUAUUAUGACCAAGGACGCCGCCUCGAACAACGCCGAAUGCUUGAAUAUCGUCGAUACCGCUCUAUUUGUACUGUGUCUCGAUGACACCGAACCUUCGAGCACGGCCGAGCUUUGUGCCAACAUGCUUUGCGGUACGAGCGAAGUGAUCAAGGGUGUUCAGGUCGGUACAUGCACCAACCGGUGGUACGACAAACUUCAAAUUAUCGUUUGCAACAAUGGCAGCGCGGGUAUCAACUUUGAACACACUGGCGUGGAUGGCCAUACCGUUUUACGCUUUGCCAGUGAUGUUUAUACCGAUACCAUUCUUCGAUUCGCCAAGACAAUCAACGGCCAGGCUCCAAGUCUAUGGGCUACUUCGAGCCCUGACCCUGCCAAACGUGACCCUCGCAGCUUUGGCAAUGUCAGCACCACGCCUCGCAAGCUGGAAUGGGACAUGACACCGGAACUGAACAUCGCGUUGCGGUUUGCCGAAUCUCACCUGUCCGACCUUCUAUACCAGCACGAGUUCCAGGUCCUGGACUUUGAAGGCUUCGGCAAGAACUUCAUCACAUCGAUGGGAUUCUCACCCGAUGCAUUCGUGCAGAUGGCUUUCCAGGCGGCGUACUACGGUCUCUACGGUCGCGUUGAAAAUACUUAUGAACCAGCCAUGACGAAAGUCUUCUUGCAUGGUCGGACCGAGGCUGUGCGCACCGUGACACCCGAGGCCGUUGAAUUUGUAAAGACAUUCUGGGGCGAGAACCCGGCAGAACAAAAGAUUGACGCCCUGCGCACUGCAACCCAGAAACAUACCGCUAUGACGAAGGACUGCUCGAAAGGCCAAGGCCAAGACCGCCACCUGUAUGCCCUGUACUGUCUUUGGCAACGGUCCUUUGACGAGGGCCUCUUCCAUGACGGCAGCUCUGCAGGUGGUUACUCGAGCCCCAGUGAUGGAAUGCUCUCCGAGACAUCGGAGGAUUGCUUCUCCUCAUCCCCCGCCAGCGGGAGCAUCCGCGGAGCGCGCACUCCUACUCCCCCGACACCUGCCAUCUUCAGCGAUCCCGGCUGGGACAAGAUCAACACGACCGUCCUGUCAACCUCGAAUUGUGGUAACCCGUGUCUUCGCCACUUUGGAUUUGGCCCAACGUGUGCUGAUGGCUUCGGUAUUGGGUACAUUAUCAAAGACGAGUCCAUCUCAUUCUGCGCCUCGUCGAAGCACCGCCAAACGGGACGAUUGAUGCACACGCUUGAAUCGUACCUUUUCGAAAUGAGGAAGUUGCUGCGCGCUACCAAUCGCAAGGCCGCCAGUCCACGGACGAGCCGUGCCCGAGAGACUGAAAUGCUACCGGAGCGCUUGCAGGCUGAUACCAAUCGACGUGGUCGGGUUGUCCGCGGGGAUAACCGCGGCGCGGACACACCGACUACUACGACGGAUAGCGGGGAAAUAGAGGAUGACGGGAUGGGUGGUUAUGGAUUCUUCGAUGCCGGUAUGCUUCUGCAUGCGCUUAAGGGCGUCAGCGCAGAGCGGGAACGUGGUGAUAAGCCCGAGAAGCGGAGAUUUGUUGGAAAGAAGCUCCAUCUCAAUGAAUAUUGA